GGAAAGGCUGCCCAAUAUGUCUUCUCUGAAUGAGAGACUGGACAAGAUCCGCUCGCAGCCUAAGCUGCAGAACCAGCAGCAAACUGCUGUCGUUCUCUCCGCCGUCGAAGAUACCCUCCGAGACCAGAAGUCGGAUUUCACCCCCACCGCCUACUUCGCCGCUCUCCUCUCCCUUCUUGCUCAGUACAUCUCGGCACAGAAGGGCAUUGUAAACAAGGAAGUUGCCACCGCUGUCGUCUACCUGCUCGACCUCGUCACGCCUCACGUCCCCGCACCGCUACUUCGCGCCAAGUUCUCCCAAAUCCUUACCAACCUCGCACCCGCCCUCACACACCCGGAAGCCGAAGCGCCGAUUCUGCGAUCUUCUAUCGGAUGCCUGGAAGGAUUGUUGCUUGUCCAGGACGGGCAAGCAUGGGCACUGCCUCAGUCGCAAGUCAGUCCGAGGAGAGCCGUUGCCGGUCUCCUCACCAUAGCCGUAGACCACAGGCCGAAGGUGCGCAAGCGGGCGCAGGAUGCAUUGGCCAAGGUCCUCCAGACAAAGCCCCCAGGACCCUCUCUGGACCACCCAGCCGCGGACAUGUGCGCUGAGACGGCUCUUCGCUCGUUGAAGGAAAUUGCCGAGGCGGCGCAAAAGAACAAAAAACACAGGUCGCAAAGAGAUGGCCAGCACGCUGAACCGGCUCUUAUACAUAACUUGCAGCUCAUCAAGACCAUUGCGUCCGCGUCCGGAGGCUGGCCUAGCCGCAAGAUCGACGCCCUUUGCGAGCUCCUUCUGCACAUUUCCAAGUCAAGCAAUGAGUUCCUGACCAUGUCUGCUUUUGAAGUUUUCGAGGUCAUCUUUGCUGGUAUGGUCGACGAGGUUUCUUCCGCCAAGCUGCCACGCCUCUUGGAGGUCAUCGGAGAGCUUCAGCCUUCGCAGAACGAUUCGCAACUACUGCCACCAUGGAUCGCGGUCCUCUCAAGAGGUUACGAUGUCGCUGCCCAAGUUGAGCCCGAGGAAACUUUCCAAAAACUCCCGGAUCUGUUUAUCAUGAUGUCCAACUUCCUUGCCUCGCCAUCCCACAACAUUCGCAUUUCUGCCUCCGAGUGUAUGAUCUCUUUCCUUGCCAACUGUAUACCCGAUAGCAUUCUGCUGGAUCUGUCAAUCUACGAUGAGAAGGUUUUGGAGAAGCUGGCCAAGGUUGCCGUCGAUAUGCUUAGCGUCAAGUACCAGGCAGCCUGGAUGGAGGUAUUCAACGUCAUGGGCGCCAUGUUUGACUCACUGCGAUGGCAAGCUGCCCCUCGGAUGAACAGCAUCGUCAGGGUUGUCGGUGAACUGAGGAGCAACGAGUCUUUUGCUGGCAAGAAGGAAGCCGAUGCUGUUCUUUCUAAGGCCAUUCGUGCCAUGGGUCCGGAUAACGUGUUGGAAAUCCUUCCUCUCAAUCUUGUAAAGCCGAUUCCGGGCCAGCCCGGACGUGCUUGGCUUUUGCCAAUUAUGCGCGACUCUGUUUCUAACACCAAGCUGGCGCACUUCAGAUCUGAGCUUGUUCCUCUGAGCGAGAUUAUGUUCCAGAGAGUCCUUAACCACGGAAAUGCGGAGAAGACCAUGGAGAUCAAGAUUUUUGAGACCUUGGUCCACCAAACUUGGGCUAUUCUUCCCGGAUACUGCGAUCUGCCGCUGGAUCUGACGGAGGCGUUUGAUCAGAGCUUCGCUGAGCUUGUCUCCAACCUUCUUUAUCAGCAGACGGAUCUACGGACAGACCUGUGUCGCGCUCUCCAGAAUCUAGUCGAGACUAACAAGGCGAUCGUAGAAGUUGAGGGCGAAGAUGAUUUGGUGGCUCAGUCGAGGGUUUCCAAGGCGGGUGCGCAAAAGAACAUUGAGCACCUGGCUGGUUUCGCUAGCAACAUUCUCGCUGUCUUGUUCAACGUCUACAGCCAGACCCUGCCGCAAAACCGUGGCAACAUCUUGAGGUGCAUUAAUGCAUUCUUGAGCAUCACGCCUUCCUCGGAACUUAUGGAAACUUUCACUCGUGUCGCGACUAUGCUGGAAUCUUCCUUGGCCGAAACUGGUUCGCAGACGCAAGCUGACAAACAGAAGGAAAAGAAACCUGCUGACAAGAUGCCUCCUGCAAGCCACACCCUUAUGGAUUUGGUCAUCACGAUCUCAAUCUACCUUCCCAGGGACAGCUACGUCACGCUCUUCAACAUUGCGGGUCUCAUGAUCAACAAGGACGAUGACCCGCAACUGCAAAAGAAGGCCUACAAGCUUAUCCCUCGUCUUGGAGAGUCUGAGAUUGGCCGGGCCGCUCUGCAGGACCGCAAUGCUCAGUUGCAACAGCUUCUUCUUGAAAGCGCAGCCAAGGCCACGGCGCCAGCUCGUAGGGACCGUCUGGCCGCCAUUUCUCAGGUUAUGGAGUACACGCCUUCCACUGACCUGCAUUUCAUUCCCUCCAUCCUCUCUGAAGUUGUUAUCUCUGCCAAGGAAGUCAACGAGAAGGCACGUACGGCAGCCUUUGACCUCAUUGUGCUCAUGGGUAAGAAGAUGGAGCAAGGCGGCACCGUCGUUCAGUCCAAGAUCCCUCUUAUGGACGAAAGUGCACCUACUGUUUCUGCCACUCUUGAGGAAUACUUCACCAUGAUGUCUGCUGGUCUUGCUGGAUCCACUCCGCACAUGAUUAGCGCAUCUAUCACUGCACUGACGCGCGCCCUCUACGAAUUCCGCACCUCCCUUCCCGAAGCCACCAUUACCGACCUCGUCCAGACCAUGGACCUUUUCCUUACUUCCUCUAACCGCGAGAUCGUCCGGUCUGUGCUUGGUUUCGUCAAGGUCUCGGUCAUCUCCCUGCCCCUGGGUUUGAUGCUGCCUCGCCUUCAGUCCCUCAUUCCUAAUCUGAUGGUAUGGUCGCAUGAGCACAAGGCGCACUUCAAGGCCAAGGUCAAGCACAUCCUGGAGCGCAUGAUCAGGCGCUUUGGUGUCGAGGUUGUCGAGCGCAACUGUCCCGAGGCUGACAAGAAACUCAUCACGAAUAUCAGGAAGACUCGCGAUCGUCGUAAGAGGAGAAAGGAGGAAGGCGAGGAGGGCGAGGACCAGGCCGCGCGCCCAGAGCGCAAGGGCAAGUUCGAGUCAGAGUACGACGAGGCCGUUUACGGCUCAGAAGGGGAGUCCGACUCGGGCUCCGACGUGUCGGACGACGAGGCCAUGGGCCGGAACCGCCGCGGCAAGAACCAAAAGGGAGGCAAAGCGUACAUUGUGGAGGACGAAGACGAGCCGCUGGACCUGCUGGACCGCCGCGCGCUGGGCAACGUCAGCUCGACGAAGCCGCUCAAGGCGCGCCAAGUCCCGGCGCAGAAGACGAAGGCCAAGGUGGACCUGGACGGCAAGCUGGUGCUCGGCGACGAGAGCGAGGACGAGGACAUGGACGUGCUGAACGGCGACCCGGGCGACGGCACGCUGGAAGGCGGCAUCAACGCGUACGUCGACGCCAUUCGCGGCCGCGACGUCGCGAGGCGCGGCCGUGCUGGCAAGCUCAAGUUCACGAACAAGCGGGGCGGCAAGGACGACGAUGGCGACGACGACAUGGACGUCGAUGAGGAGGAGGUGGCGUCGAAGCUGAAGGGGCAGCAACAGCAGCAGGGUCGGGGUCGCGGAGGGGGACGUGGCGGGCCUGGCCGCGGCCGUGGUGGUGGCGGUGGUGGUUUUGGCGGCCGCGGCGGUAGGGGCGGCGGUGGCCAGUCCCAGCGGAGGGGCCUGGGUUCGGAUAAGACGAGGGGUGGACGCGUGGGCAAGAGCCCGAGGGGCAAGUUUGGCGGCAGGAGAUAGAUGGAUGGUUGAUGCGGUUUAAGCUGAGUUGAUGAGUGUUAGUCUUUGUUGAUAGGAGUUCUGUGGCGGGGAGUACCACAAAAAUGUCAUUUUAUGGUGUUUAUCGCUAUGCCGUCCCUUUCUGCUAUGCG